ACUUUACUGAAGAAAACAGAGAUGCUGCGUCGGGCAAAGAAACGGUCUGUAGCGACAGAAUUAACAAAAAACGAUGGCAUUUCGUCCCAAGGAAUUCCAGAGACGGCACCGAAAACUGCGAAACAAGCUGAUGGGGAAACCAGACCGUCUGAACGGCGGAGGGAAUUGCCGGUUCUCGGCUCAAGAAUCCCGAAGCCGGACUUCGAGAGACAACUGGAGGAUGUUGUCUUGGGUGGACAGGACUCAAUUGUGAAUAAAUUGCAGGUUGAGGAUCGGGAGAUUGGAGUGUUGGACAGAGAACAGAGGAAACCAGCCUGGCAGGAUGAAGGCGAAGAUGUCAUACAAAGUUCGACAGCCAAGAAAGACAAAGAUGAGGCCUUGGUUCCAAAUAAUUCCGGAACAAAAUUCAGCAGAAGUAGAAAAGUAGAGUUUGAGAAGGUUGUUGGGAGUACACCAGCAUGGGCCCAGUUGAAAUCUAAGAGAACAAACAGCGAAUCUGAAGAUGAAAGUGGAAGCGAUGAUGAAGAUGAAGAAGACAGGUUACUAAGACGGACUGGUGAUUACCUGACGUCUUCAGAGGCUCUACCUAAGAGCUACCUGAACUUCAGGAGGGUGACCGACGCUAACAAGGAACAGUACACUAAGAGCCGACUUCAUGCGAUGGAGUUCCAUCCAACGUCGCAGGUGAUCCUGACGGCUGGAGAGGACGAAAGUCUUCAUAUAUUUCAGGUGGAUGGCAAAAACAAUCCAAAGAUUCAGAGCGUAGCCGUGGAAAAGUUUCCCAUUCUCAGCGCUCAUUUCUCCGCCGACGGAACGGAGGUCAUCAUGUCAUCCAGGUCACGCUGGUACUACGUCUACGACAUGAUCGCCGGCAAAAUGGAACGAGUUUCAUUCCUUAGAGAAUAUUCAGAGAGGCAACCACUUUGUAAAUUUGCGGUUUCCCCGGAUGGACAGUUUAUAGCCUUCCAGGGAUUGUAUGGUUUUAUUCAUCUUUUAUCGGCUAAGAACAAAGAAUUGAUCAGCACGUUGAAGAUGAAUGGUUUAGUGAAGUCUAUUGCAUUCAGUGGAGAUGGUUCCAAGUUACUGUCCUUUGGAGAUGAUGGCGAAGUCUACGUCUGGGACAUGAAGACUAGAGAUUGUGUCCACAAAUUUGUUGAUGAGGGCUGCAUCCAGGGCUCUACCAUUUCUGUAUCGAGGGAUGGUCAAUACAUAGCUUGCGGAUCUCACAGUGGUGUACUAAAUAUUUAUGAUAACCACUGUCUGACUGAAGUAAGACCCAAACCGGUCAGAGCCGUGAUGAAUCUAACCACGCAGAUAACGGCAUCAAAAUUUAAUCACAACAGCGAGAUUGUAGCCACUGCAUCAUUCCACACCGCAAACUCUGUCAAACUGAUUCACCUCCCAGAUUGCCACGUUUUCCCCAACUUUCCUAACCAUGCUGACACCAUCGGGCUGGCUACGGAACUUGACUUCUCUCCAAACGGCGGCUACAUGGCCGUUGGGAACAACAAGGGCAAAGCUAUGCUCUACAGGUUGGGCCAUUAUAAAAACUAUUGAAGACAUCUGGAUGUCAAUAGGAUGGUUUGUUCUGAGCCAGUAAGGUAUAUCGCUUCAUGUCAAGAUAUUGAUCAACCAGCAGCAUAGUCAAGUGUCGUUGUUGACGCCUUGGUUUAACCCAUUAAGAGAUCAUUUAUUUCUGCAACAAAUAGUGAAUGGCCUGAUGUUUCGACACUGGCAUAUUUUUUUUCGAAGGCCAAAUGACAACCAACAUGAAGAGGUAUACUGGUCUAACAGAAGCAGUCUAGUGGACAGAAAUGAAAAGAUGUGGAAAAACCAACAAAAGAAUUUGUUCAGAAUAGACUGUAUUGAAUAACCCCUUUGUUGCUUUGAAAGUCACCAUCUUGUAGUGCAAACUGAAUGCGCGUCUAAACGCAUACCUCUAUGGAUCACGCGCAGCAUGCAGCGUUCCCGGUUUGAUUUCUGCGGCACAUGCAGGCACACGCUCAUAAACGCCAUGUUAGGGCAGAUAUUUGAAUGGUGACGUCAUAUUCAAUACGGUCUAUUGAGCAAUAGUGCCAAUACUAACUUUGUAAAAAUAUACAAAUUGUAAAGUUUAAAGAAAGUAACUCAGCUGGGUUUUAAGGUUUUUGUUUUGUGAAGACAUAGCAACAAGGCAUUUGCAGAAAUAUUUUUCCUCCAAUAAAAUGAAAAUAUUUUUUAUUCAUGAAUACUUACAAUGUAAUGGAAAUAGUCUUGAUUUAAAGCACUGCUUUGUUUCACAUGUAAACUACAGGUGUUUUGUGUAAAUGUAAUCGAUAAUGUUUACCAGAAUAAAGAAGGAGUU